CUUCAUCACCUUGAAAAAUCCAAAAUAGAUAAACAAAGAUAAAUCCAAUAUCUUGACAAAUUCCAUGUCAGUUACUACUAACUACUGUACUAAUUAUUCUUCUUUUCUCUCUCUCUCUUUCUCCAUCUUCCUCUGUACGUAUAGACUGGCCCCAGCAGAUCCAAAAAGCUCCAUUCUUUCCGCAUUUUCGUCUUUCUACUACCUAACAAGCAUCUUUUUUUUUCUUUUUUUCUUUCACACCCUUUUCUGUAAAGUUUCAGUUUGUCUGAGUUUUUUAUACUCUUUUUGAGUUUUUGGAUCAUGGCUUUUCUUGGAUUCCUUUCUUGCUGGGGUUUGUUUGCAUUUUCAAGACUUCGGUCUUUGAUAAUUUCUUGAAAUUCUGCUCAUUGAUGAUAGUUUUAGUGGAUUUAUUUUGCUGGGUUUUUUUUUUCUGUAAAGUUUCAGUUUUUCUGAGUUUCUUCUACUCUUUUUGCCUUUGCAUUUUCAAGACUUGGGUCUUUGAUAAUUUCUUGAAAUUCUGUUCCUUGAUGAUAAUCUUAGUGGAUUUCGCUUGCUGUGUUUUUCUGUAAAGUUAUAGCUUUUCUGAGUUUCUCUGUGGUGGGUUCUCUUGGAUUCUUUCCUUGCUAGCCAAGAGCUGGAGCUAGAGGUAAUCUUGAAGGAGAGAUAUAUCUUGUUGGGUUUUGUUUUUCCUCCAAGUUGUUGCAUUUUAAAGACUUGGGUCGUUGGUAAUUUGUUGAAAUUCUGCCCUUUGAUGAUAAUGUUAGUGGAUUUCUCUUGCUGGGGUGUUUUUUUUUCCUGAGUUUGGGUGAUGAGUUUUCUUGGAUUCCUUUUGUGCUAGCAAGGAGCUAGAGCUAGAGGGUCAUUCAUAGGCGGGAGGACAAAGAACAGCACAUGCUUACUCUUUGUUGUGUUCUGUCCCAGGGAGGAGGUGAAAAUGCAGUGCACUAACUAUCUUCCAGGAUUUUUCUACCCAAGAGAUCAUGUUGUCAGCCUUACGGGUAAUUCACAGUCAAUACCCCACGGUGAUAUCGCCUACAAUAGUAGUAGAGGCUUCAAUCUUGCAUUUCCUCCAUUUAUGGUAGACCAGAGCCAGGAGUUCGUUUAUCAGAAGGAAAUAUUGAGACAAACAAUUCUCAAACAUGAAGCAACAUUUAGAUAUCAGGUCAAUGAACUGCACCGCUUAUAUGGAAGACAAAGGGAGUUAAUGGAUGAGAUUAAAAGGAGAAAACUAGCGGAGGAUCAUAUACAGAUGCAAGCUUUAGGGCCAAAUACUUUUCUGUCUACGUUAAGGUCUGAAAUUUUUGAGAAAACCUUUUGGAGCUCAGUAAACCUCACGAGCAUUGAGCCAUAUCAACCAAGAAAAGAAAUGCUUCAUGAGUGCUUAAUUUCUGGUGCUGAUAAGACUGUGCAACCAGGUGGUGACUAUCUUUCAGGUCUAGACAUUGCUAACGAAUGCAAAGCAUCAUCUUCGAAGAAUGACACAUCAGGGAUGAGAGUGUUGGAUCUUGAACUUCCAGCAGAAAAAGGCACUAAUAAUGGAGACAGGGAGCCACUUCAAGAAGAAAAUCCUGCUACAUGGACAAAUUUUUUGAUUUCAGAGCUUCGACCUCAAUGUUCUUCGAAAGCCAACUUGGUUGCCUCUGGAGACUCUUCCAGUGCUCCCUCAAGAUGUAGGGGUACCAUUCUUUUGUUUGACCUAAAUGAACCUGUACAACCUUUUGAGUCAGAUGGUCUAAAUUCUGCAUUUGAAUCAAAUAACAUUCGUGAGGAAAUCAAGGACACGGAUUUGGAUUUAUCCGGUGUGGCACGUGCAGAAUGCUCAACUCUGAAUAAAGAAGGGAGAGAUGAAAGAAACUUGAAGUCGUUUGAUGAAGUUGCUUCCGCUGGGAGAGCACUUCUUCCAUGUAAUCAACCAGCAUCGUUGCCCUUAGAAAAUGUAGACAAGAUUCAUGCCGAAACCAGAACUGACAAAUCCUUGCUGCUUUCUUCUUGGAGAGAAUUUACACAGAUCCCUGUGGCAGUACAAGAACUUCCAUGCUUUAAUACUGACGCAUCAUUCAGCAAGGGUACUAAGUCCUCUGUAAAGAAGUUUAAUCUGAACCAAGGUGCUACAGCUACUCCAGCUUCUGGAAGUUUGACGUCUUGCUUUAUGCAGCAUGAUGCAAGUGAUAAUUGUACAGGUGAAGACAUUGCUGCUGAAAAAGACGAUAAGUUUUCAGACUACACAAGUUCUGCGAAAGGCAUGGACUGGAAUUUGACACCUCCUACCUAUUUGUCUGACCAAUCUGCACCCUCCUCCGACAUUUCCCAUCUUAAUCUCCCUAAAAAAAAUGUACAGAUUCAUAAAAAAUAUGAGGUUCUACACAGUAACAUGGUUCCUAAUUCUACACCUGAAUAUAGAAAAUGCUCCAGGGAUAAUCACCUUGUAGGUGCUAGAAUUGAUAGUAAGCUUUCAAGAGCUAAUAUUUGCAUCGACUUAAACUCCUGCAUCAAAGAAGACCUUUUAUCAUCUAGUCCAAGCGAGGCACCAGAGUCCACUGCAGAAAGAGUUCUGGAAGGUCCCGUUAGUCCAGAAAAUAAGGAGUGUUCUCCACCCAGAGGAGAUUCUCAGGACAUUAAUAUCAGGACAUCAAUCCAUUUGCCAAAAGGAGGUCAUGGUGAAUCAAUUGAGGAACUUGACAGGGUUGCAGCUGAUACACUUAUUUUUAUUUCAUCAUCUGUGGUCCACGGGUACUCAAAGACCGCCAUUGGCGAACCAUCUGAAGCUUCUAGCAACUGUCUAGGCCGGCUUGCUGAAGUUGCCUCUUCUUUGGCUAGUAGUCCAGAGAAUGAAGUUGAACAAACCAUGGAAGUCCAUUGUGAGCGCAAUGUACUUCUUUCUGACUGCAGUCGGAAGAAGCUUAAUCUGAGAAAGGGGGACAUAGAUGAUAGUCUUAGUCACUCCAAGGCUGCAAAAGAGACGGAAAAAGGUAUUACGCUGUGUUAUCAACCAAGGAGGGGUCAAGCAAGGAAGACAAAGGAUCAGAAGGACCUUCAAAUAGAUGUGGUACCUGCAGUUGAAUCUCUUUUGCAUCAGGUAAAAGAAACAAAUAUUGCUCCAAAAUCCGGUCCAUGGAAGAAAAAACUGAGUAGGACGAGUUCGAGAGGCAAGAGACGGCCCAAUGUCGGAGAGAGAACAAUGAGUUCACUCCUACUGCAGCGUACAUUGGAUAACAAACACGGGAUCACAGGUAGAUUUUUGAAAGGUUGGGGGGUGACAAGAAGGCGGCAAACUGCCCGGAGAGCUAAGUCUUAUGUGUCCUCCACUCUUUUCAGCUGAUGAUUAACAGAGUAUUUCUGGACUCAUAUGUUUAGUAUAGAUUUAGAGCAUGGGACUUGAUGAGUUUAUCUUACCUUUUUUAUCCUUUUUCUUUGUCUUGGAGAUGUUAUGUACAUAUAUUUAGAUGAGAAUUCAUACGAAAUACUCCAUUUUAGUCCCGUGGAAAUGUUCACAUACAAGUUACUAAUGACGGAAUCAACCACAUUUUUUAUCAUGGUUGGCAA